AUGAAGCGAUCGAAGAGACCUUCAACUAGUUCUUAUGCGACAAAAACAAAGACAAGAAAGACGACUACUUCUAGUGCUCGGCAUGAUCAUCCGGAAACCGAACGGGAGGAAAUCGAGUUGGCGUCGGAGGACAGUGGACAUUUGGGGCUUACAACAAUGGCUGACCCACCGAUUGCUGUACCGCCAAGUUUGUUGCAAGUGGCAACGAUUCCGGCUGUUAGCACCCAAUGCACAUCAUCAGCCACAGAGCAUCCCAGACCACUUCUGGGAGUCGAUCUACAAUCUGAAGUUGACAGACUGCUGAGAGCCUCGUUAUCAACAAAUACUCAUAAAGCCCAUGACACAGGGUUAGCUUCAUUUACUCGAUUUUUGGGGAGGUAUCAGUUGAGGGAGGUCUGGCCCCCUCCAGUUGAUAACAUUGUUAAUUUUAUUGCAUUAUUGUCCAUCUCAGGUUUGUCAGAUGCUACGGCCAGAGCAUAUACAGAAGCCAUAAGCUUUAAGUGUAAAAUGUUAGGCCUUCAAGAUCCAACAAAAAACUUUAUCGUCGUUAAGGUAUUGGAAGGUAUGAAGAGGGUAAAACACAGACCAGACACCAGAUUGCCAAUCACAUCAAAUUUGUUAGCUCAACUUAUUACAGCAUUGCCGCACAUAUGUAGCAACUCUUAUGAAGAAAAACUGUUCACAUCAGCAUAUACUUUAGCAUUUUUCGGUUUUCUAAGAGUUGGGGAACUGGCUGUAUCGACUGGAAAGGCCCAUAACAAGGUUAUUGCCAGCAGUGACAUUACAGUUGAUUGA